UUAAAACACAUGAUCCUAGGAAUUCGUAAAUUAAAAGUCGACAAUUAAAUAAAGAAUUUUACUUUAAUCAAUUUUUUUUUCCAAAACAAACUUUUAUUAUAUUUUUUUGUGAAAAUUCUAGUGUAAUAAUCCAACUCAAAUUAUAUUCUUGUGUUUUAUGUUUUUCUUUUAAAAACAAACUUAGACUCUUUCUCGCGAAGAAAUGCCUAGAUUAGGAGGUCCCAGUUCAAUACGUUCCUUGGCUACAAAAACCUCCGAAACUGACGCUCUUGCUGUGCGGGGUUACAAUGUUGGUUCGAAAAUUGGUGAAGGAAGUUAUGCCGUAGUCAUUUCGGCAAAUUGUAAGGAGAAAAAUGGAAAACACCUUCAUUUAGCAUGUAAAAUUAUCGACAAAAAGAAAGCUCCCGUAGACUAUUUGAAUAAGUUUUUCCCUCGUGAAUUGGACAUUUUAAUGAAGAUCGAUCAUCCGAAUAUAGUACAAGUCCAUAGCAUUCUCGAAAGGGGACCAAAAAUAUACAUUUUCAUGCAAUUCGCCGAAAAUGGUGAUCUUCUGUCGUACAUCCUCAAGAACGAACAAAUUGGUGAGCUUCAGGCCAAAGCUUGGUUUCUACAAAUGGCCAAAGCUUUGAGAUACCUUCAUAGUAACGAUAUUGCUCAUCGUGAUUUGAAAUGUGAAAAUAUUCUGCUGUCACAGAGAAUGAAUAUCAAAUUGGCCGAUUUUGGUUUUGCUCGUCAUUGCACCGAUCAGAGUGGUCAAGCGAUUUUGUCACGAACCUAUUGCGGAUCAGCAGCUUAUGCUGCUCCCGAAGUCGUUGGGGGUUAUCCGUAUGAUCCAAAAUUAGCAGAUGUCUGGUCAUUGGGAGUGGUGUUGUUUAUAAUGCUCAACAAGAAGAUGCCGUUUAGUGACCAAAAUAUCCAACAAUUGCUGAAGGAUCAAAUGAAUAGGAAGUAUGCUUUUCGGAGGAAGUAUAUCGAUCAAAUAAGUCAACAGGCCAAGGAUGUUGUGAAGGUGCUUUUGGAACCCGAACCAAAUUCACGCUGGGAUUUGACGGACAUUUUAAAUUGUGGAUGGUUGUUGGAGAGCAAUUCAACAGGGUCAUCGAAUGAAAACAUUUAAGAAAAGGGAUUUUUUGGAAAAUUAUAUGGAUUCAAAAAGAUCUUGAUGGUAGUUUGCAAAGGUGUUUUAUUCACUGUCAAAAUUUAAAUUAUAAAAAUUUUAAAAUGUAUGAAAUUACGAAGA